CCGCAUCCGCAACCACACACUUUUUCCCACACAUUCCCUCCCCGUACCUGACCUUUCAUCGUCGGCUAACCACAGGAACGUUUUUGGCAUUUAUCUCAUAGAAUUCUUGUGCUUCCUUUCUUUUCAGUGCCCCUUUGGCGCUAACCCAUAAAGCAUGGCUGCAACCACAGCAUAUACAUCCGUUGCAGCAAGACGGGCGUUCAAUCGCCCUGACGGCUCAUCCAACGGCUCGUACUCACCAUCCUCUUCUCUGUCCUCACACACCGUGCACCCGUCAACACCUCCACCACCUGCACCAGUAGUGAAAAAAGUAGAAUGGCCCCAGCCAGUUCGUGACUACGUUUUUCGAUCAUUUCAACCCGAGAACUUGAUUGCAGAUAUCAGUAAUGAUGAUAUGCAAGCAAUGCUGAAGAAGACGUUGUCAGCUGCUGCCGAGAACGGUCAACUGGACACCAUUGACUGGGCUACUCUUCCUUUACCGCAACAACUAAUACAGCAAGAACGGGCUAUCGCAUCCUGGAACACCCAGUCCUACGAGAAUAAUGGCUGGAACGCAGUAGAACAGCCGGACUCUGGCUCCAAAAAACGCAAAUAUGGCAACGACGUUACAGAUGACGCAUCAAUACCUCCUUGGGAAAGAGAUGAUUCUAACGGUUUUGGUGACCGCGUUACAUAUGCCAGCAAGGGCCAGCAGUCCAAGAUAGAGAAACGCAUAAAAAAACAGCAGGAUGCACUCGGCAAAGGCACAAGUAAGUUCCAAGCCCAAGCUGAGAAGCGCAAGCAGCGGUUUGGCGCACAUUUAGAAGACACCCCACCUUGGAAUGCUCGACGCGAGGUUACGCCUCCUCAUGAUCUAAACUCUGGCCCAGUCAUUGGGACAUGUCAGCGGCUAGAGAAGCAAUACUUCCGUCUAAAUGGAGCUCCCAAGCCCGAGGAGGUCCGACCCCUCGAUGUCCUGGAGAAGGCCUUCGACCACAUCAAAAAAAAGUGGACGCAGGAUGGCAACUACGUAUAUACUUGUGAUCAAUUCAAAUCUAUGAGACAAGAUCUAACCGUACAGCAUAUCAAGAAUGAGUUUACCGUCAAGGUAUAUGAGCUUCAUGCUCGUAUAGCGCUUGAGAUGGGCGAUUUGGGUGAGUAUAACCAAUGUCAAACGCAACUUCGAGCUCUGUACUCGCUCAAGCUUGGGGGACACCCGGCCGAAUUUUUGGCAUACCGCAUUCUCUACUUCGUACAUACGUGCAACCGCAUUGCCCUCAAUGACAUCCUUGCCGAGAUUACACCAGAGCUGCGUCAGGAAGAGUGUGUCAAGCACGCUCUUGCUGUUCGCUCAGCACAAGCAUCGGGCAAUUACCAUAAGUUACUAGCUCACCUCUACCAAAGUGUACCUAAUAUGGGGGCAUAUCUGAUGGACAUGUUCGUUCCGCGCGAAAGAAUCGCUGCUCUGGCAACCAUAUGUAAAGCAUAUAAGCCUAACGUAAGCAUUCAAUUCCUUGCAGAGGAACUAGGCUUCGACACCUACGAAGCGACGAUUGAAUUUCUAGAUAAUGCGGGCGCGGGCCAAGCCGGUGCUUUGGUACGACCUGUUCAACCUUUAGACGAAAAAGAGCUUGGCCAAUGGAAGCUGGACACCGGAAAGGCUCUACCGUUGUUUCAAGCCGCCAGAGCUAGUGCUUUCAAGAGCGUGGAUAUCAAGGGCCAGAUAUGAAAUCAUGCCAUCGUCAUCCCUCCCAAAGAGCAUGUCCAAAGCACGUUCUUCGAACGCCUGGAUCAAACCUGCUCUUAUGCUUGGCAAGAGGCUCACAGAGACCCUACACUAUUAAAGUGACAAACGUGUCACGUCACGCCGCGUAGACGGCAAUUCGACCGAGCCUCCACCAGAUCUUGGGAACGCGGUUGAUUGGAGAGCGACGGUUCAUCAUCAAUCAUCCCCUGAGAGGACGAUGUGACAAACGUGACUGCAAGUGGUUGCAAUCUGCCGUUUGCAUUCUUAAGCCCUUGGCAGGCUUGCAAGAUGCCACUGCAAGUUCUGACGCAACUCUAGCACUGUGCCCUCGAAUAGCUUCUUGAUUAUUCUUUCAUUUUCUCUGAGUUCCUUGACUUGAUUCGCGACCUACAGUGAGGCCAUUUUCGACCCGAGAGUAUUCCGCACGCGAAAGUUGAUUGCACGGACGGAGGAGGAAUGAGGCACAUAUGCACGACACGACGCUGCGACUGCACACGCUUUGUGCAUAUUCCAAAGAAUGGAUCCGAAGGAAAGAAGUCUGUCACGCAUGGCCCUUUUUUCGUAUUCCGCGAUUUCACUCAAGAUAUGGUCAUGGCUCGCAACUACUGGUACUAACCCUAUGCGCGCGCUCCGAACUUGCCUCGCAAAUUUUGCUGAUCCGAUUUUCACCGAUUCACAUAAAGUCACCUGUUACAUUGCACAUGAUGUUCAACAGUCAUACAGUAAGCACAGCAGAGACGAACGGCGUUUUAUUCUUCUCUUUGCAGCGAUACUACUUUAUUUUCAGCUUGCAAGAUGCCAUAGCUAUGAGGAGUGUUCUCUUCAAGACACAGGAAUUUGGAGCAUAGUCUGCCACGGCUUCAACGAACCCUGGGACGGGUAGCGACGUCAAGGGGACCCCGUAUGGAUCGCGACGCCUACACUGCGAAAGCAGUGGGUGUCCAUCUUACGCUUUUGUGCUCUUCCUGUCGUGGACGAGACACCCGCAGAGUUCAGAGCAAAGAAGGAUAAGCAUGUGAGGGAGGGCAGACAAAGUCACGAACGUUGGCUUUUGUUUUUUCUCUUUCUCUCGUAGCUUAGGUGGCCAAGAGAGUGCAAAACGACAUCAGCACAAAUGACUCGGGAAAGAGAUACGGCAAGAGGAUUCGUGCGUGACGGGCCCUUUAGUUGAUGAGGCGGACCGCUCCCACGUGCCAGGCAGGAUGAUGAUGUGAUGUGUGUGGAGUAUAUAAAACUAUGCAACCAAAUUCAAAACUGGCCAUUCGGAUUACGCCGUCUUGACGUCCCG